CAUGGAAUUCUUCCAAAUGGAAAUUGUACAGAAUAAAACACAACUGAGAAAAAAACAAGAUCUCAUGAACCAUAAGGGUCAAACUCCACCUCGAGAGGACGUCAUUGCCGAGCUAGGCAUGAUUCCAUGACGUAGGAUCCAUAAUGACCCCACAAAUUUCACCGGAUCUGAAAUUCCUGAUCUACCUGGUGCCCACCCGGUGGGGGAACAGGCGGAUGCUAACGCGUAAACACAGCGUCACGACGGAGGUAGGUCGCGAGAGGAGCGACAAACGGAGAUACCUGAAGCCCAAGUGGUGGGAGGAUGGCUAAACGUGGGCCAUCCGCACAUAAAACCGAACAAACUACUAGUUCUACCUCAGUUCGCGUUCAACAUUUCGCUGAGAUACACUCAAUAUUUCUCAAUAUCUUCGCUAAACCCAUCAUCUUCCCGAGUCGAUUGAGUUUAGUCGACAGAAACAAUUGGAGUUGAAUAAUUGUUAAGACUAUUUAACUGUGAGGAAGUGGUUUUCAGUGAUUUUUUUUCAAACUAAAAUCAGUGAUCAGUCAGAAUGAAGAGGCAAAUUGAGAUGAUUGCGAUCUUGGCCUUGGCUACUAUCUGGGCAGUUAGAGUGGAUAGUUCCGCUAUUCCCAUGUGGGAAUUCCUGUCGAGAGAUGAAAAGAUAAGUCAUCUGUACAGAUUGUUCAGUAGACGAGUGGUGAGUUACUGUCAGGACUCUUCCAUGCCUGAUUGCAAUAAGAAUAUUUUGGUGACUGGGCUUCGACAGUUGGCUAAUAUGGAUGAUAAUGAGAUGGACAGGCUGGAUCCUUAUCAGAGGGAUGCCGAUGACAUGAUCUGGAGAACUGUAAUGGGUGACAAUGGAAUCGCCUCAACCGUUCACCAAGAGAAGCAGGACAACUAUUACACCACGGACAACGAUCCCCUGGUCGCGAGUGGAAGCGAUCACAAUUGUCUUGGGGAUGAGUCUGUGAGGUCCAACGACUACGCGAGGCCUUCGGACAGCGCCGGGCCGUAUCUGGUGGGUCCGAUGGUCAUUCGAGUUUUUCCGGACGGACGUCCAGUCCCCGAGGACCAGAAUCUACCUCUUCCCAGGGACGAAGACCUCGAGGAGUUCAAGUACCCCAGGGUCCCGUCAGUGCCGGAGAUCGAGGGGAGGACCGACAGACAGAUCCUCAAGAAACCUUACGGUUUACUCAAGAGAAAUUCAGUCGUGAAGGCCGGACAGUGGGGAAUUUUCAGUCCUCAGAAUAACUAUUAUCGGGGCAAUCCCCUCUUCCGCGCUCGGCGCAUGCCGGAGACAGUCAACACGAGGAUUUUCCGUUAUUCCGAGUAGAAUUGAAGUGAUCGUACAGGGCAGGAGGAGAUGAGCGAACUCGAGUUGAGGUUCAAGAGCUAUGACAUUUGUCUGAUCAUGAAUUUCGGUAUCUCCUUGGGUUCUGAGACAUUUUCGAAUGAAUUGAUAGUGAAAUAUCAGAAAAAAAUUUUGUUUUGUUUUUAAUUGAGGGGCAUACUCCCUCGAGUGAAGGGGCAAAGGGUCACUUGACUCUCAAACCAUUCAACUCUCGACUAAAAACAAAAAAAAGUUGCCUGAAUUGUUUUCAAUAGUCGUUUCGACCUGUUCUCCUCAGUUUUCCGUCAAUAUCUUGGAAUCUAUGAGGGAUAGCGAAAAUCCUCAAAAGAUCUUUUGUAUACAGAAUUUCGAAAGGUACAAAAAAGGUUCUAGUACAGUUUUUGCUAUCUCCCUUCCCUCUCAAGAUAUUCAGCAAAAACAAAACUCGAAUUCGAAUCACCUCAUCUCGUUCUGUCUCUUUGAAUUAAACGAUUGACGAUUGGUCGGUGAGGAAAAACUAACGAUGCGAAAUCAUCACCGAUCAUGAUCGAAACCAUAAUCUCAUGCUGAUAAUUCACUCAUUCUAUUUAUUUACACCGCCACUCACUGAAAUUUAGAGUAAUCAGGGACAAUCCACGUGUAAAUAUCUCAUCAUAUCAUUAGGCAUUUUUUUGUAAUUUUUGUGGGAAAUGUGUGAUAUUGAGGCUUAAAUGUACGAGAUUCACGAGGUUUUUUCGGCAAUUUCGUUCGGUAAAAUGCGAGAAGAAAAAUGUGAAUCACUUUGGAAAAUAACUUGGCGCGUAAUGAAAUUACGAUUACGCUCUAGUUUCGUGAUAAAUUGAUUGUUUAAUCAAUUGAUUGUGUGAGUUUUCAUCACAUUAUUUUGCGUAUGUCAUAUUGAUAAUACAUUGAUUGGAUAUUCUAUUGAAUCGUAUCCCAAUGUUGGGAGAAUACUAAAUUUUUAAUUCUCAUCGUCGUGAAUCAGCUUUGUAUUACUAGCAUUUAACUAGUUUUCAUUAUUGUAAAUAUUUAUUAUUUGAGGAAAUAAAGGCGAAAUGAUGAACUGAAAAA